CAAUGAUUGUAUAACUUUUGAGCCAUUUUUGGGCGAUAUUUGUAUGAAUUUUGUGCUAAUUAUGUGUGAUUUGUGUGAAUAGCGGCUCAAAAGACUGGGGAAGACCUAAAACAAGAGGAAGAGCUGCUCCAGAGGUUAGUGGAGAUCAUCGAAGAGCGCAACGAUAUCGUCGAGAAUAUGAUCAGAGAUGAGAACAAAGAAGUAGAGGAAUACCAGAAACUCAUCUCAAAAGUAUUGCCACAGAAGCCGGAGCUGAAGCCAAAGCCAAAGCAAACGGUAGGCGCCGGUAGUGGUGAGGAUCAGGAGGCGCGGCAAACGGUGUCCAAAAAGGCACUCAAAGAGGAGAUUAAACUGAAAGAGAAGUUACGACUGAAAGACAUAAAAGAGAGGAAACGGCUGAAGAAGUUGGAGAAACAGAUCCAACAGAAAGCGGACAAAACUGAUGGUAAAUGUGGCGAUGGUUUGGAUGAAAAAGUGGACAAACAGUCGAAACACUUGUCGCUGAAGUCGACAUUAAAACCGCUGAAGAAGUUGGGACUCAAGUCGCUAACGACCGAUAAAAACGAUAAAAAGUCGGAUAAAGUGGUGAAGACUAGUAGUAACCCAUCGCCACCGACCCCCGCACCCCCUCCCAAUGCCAGUGAUAGCGUGGCCACGGGUCAGACCCUCGCCGAGGACCCGGUGCUCGCGAACGGCGCCAAUAAAUGAGUGAAAAGUUGUGUUUUGUGUAUAAAAAUUGAUUUUAAUUU